AUGGACCAGUCCGGCGGCCGGAUGCGUCCCAGGAUGCGCUGCCCUGAGGCCCGGCCUCCGCAGGUCUUAGUUGCAGCAUGUGGGAUCAAGUUCCUCCACCAGCAAUUGAAUCCAGCCCCCCUGCACUGGGAGCAUGGAGUCUUAGCCACUGGACCACCGGCGAAGCCUCAAAACCUACAUUUUAAAAUAUUUGUGAUUCCAGCUCACUGUCACUCACGCCAACAAUACUCCUUCGUGAUUCCUGAUGAUUUCCAUUUGCACACAAAUCAUCUGUCCACAUCACAGUUUACCCAUCACCACCUGACGGCAGGUGAUCUCUGGAUUGAAGGAACGCAGGUCCAGCACACACACACACACACACACACACACACAAAUCCUUAUCAACAACCCCACCCCUGGACUGUAAGACACCUCACGCCACCCCCAACCCUACUGCAGAUUGGGACACACAGUUUUGAGGGCAUUAGCCAGCUGUGA